GAAAGGGUUAUACCGGAAAUGACAUCAAUGUUUUCACGUUCCCUGCAGUGAGCCGUAUAAGUCCAAAUGGUGUGGUGACAGAGGAGACUCAAGUUAUUCGCAACUACAGCAUAUGGUGUUUCAAUUUAGGUGCGACACGGUUUUUCUCCGCCCUCGCUCUUCAAUAACGUACAUUUGUUCCGACCACCCCAGGAUGCUGACAGUCACUUGGGUGGGGCUGCCGCGGAUGACUCUCCACGGGAGCAGAGUUCAGGGAUAAACCUACCACACAGCGACUAUCUCAAGGACUCAUAGCGGUGCUGGUCGGUUAAGCCAUGGCCAAAGCCGAGGUGAGAAGCGGUAUGGCAAACGUGAUCCACACUGCGGGAAAAUGCGCCACAGCCGUGACUGAGCGGAUCGGCGAUGGCCCAAUGGAUGCGGAAUGUUGCCUGGGUAAGGGCGCACCGACCAAAGCCAAGGUGAUAAAGCAGAACUCCAGAGAGAUUCUCUACCGCAAGAACGCAGAAUGUGAGGUCUAUGAUGAUGGGACCAACACCUUCUUCUGGCGGGCUCAUACUGUGACUGUCCUCUUUAUACUCACCUGUGCUCUAGUUUAUGUCACACUCUUGGAGGAGACCCCCCAGGACACAGCCUACAACACUAAAAGGGGGAUUGUAGCCAGCAUCCUGGUGUUUCUCUGUUUUGGAGUGACACAAGCCAAAGAUGGACCUUUCACCAGACCACAUCCAGCCUACUGGCGUUUUUGGCUCUGUGUCUCUGUCGUCUACGAGCUCUUCCUCAUCUUCAUCCUGUUUCAGACGGUGCAUGAUGGACGACAGUUUAUGAAGUACAUUGACCCCAAAUUGGGUGUGCCCCUCCCAGAGCGAGACUAUGGAGGAAACUGUCUCAUCUAUGACCCAGGCAACACCACCGACCCCUUCCACAACAUCUGGGACAAGAUGGACGGUUUUGUCCCAGCCCACUUCCUGGGAUGGUAUAUAAAGACUCUGGUGAUCAGGGACUGGUGGAUGUGCAUGAUAAUCAGUGUGAUGUUUGAGUUCCUGGAGUACAGCCUGGAGCAUCAGUUACCAAACUUCUCAGAAUGCUGGUGGGACCAUUGGAUCAUGGAUGUGUUGGUCUGUAACGGCCUGGGAAUUUACUAUGGAAUGAAAACCUUGGCCUGGUUGUCGAUGAAGCCCUACCAGUGGCAGGGCCUGUGGAACAUUCCUACAUAUAAGGGCAAAAUCAAACGAAUAGCUUUCCAGUUUACGCCUUACAACUGGGUGAAGUUUGAGUGGAAGCCAGCGUCUAACCUUCGUCGCUGGCUCGCCGUGUUGGGCAUAAUCUUUAUGUUCCUCUUGGCAGAACUGAACACUUUCUACCUGAAGUUUGUCCUGUGGAUGCCUCCUGAACACUACCUGGUGCUGCUCCGUCUGGUGUUUUUUGUAAACGUUGGAGGGGUGGCCAUGAGGGAGAUCUAUGACUUCAUGGAUGACCCAAAAUUCCACAAGAAGCUGGGCCAGCAGGCCUGGCUGGUGGCAGCCAUCACCGUGACAGAGUUCCUGAUUGUGGUCAAGUACGACCCCAACACCAUCAUGCUGCCCAUUCCCUUUUUCAUCAUACAGUGCUGGUUUCUGGGAAUCCUCCUCAUCCUCAUCUGGACACUCUGGAGGUUUUUCAUUCGGGACAUCACACUACGAUACAAAGAGACCCGCCGACGCAAACAGGAAACGCCCGGUGAUGAGGACCGUCCUCUGGGCAACGGCAGCACCUCUCCCCCUUCUGGGCGCAGCAAACUGAACGGCAGCUCGGACACUCUGCGGCAGAGGAAGUCCUGAGGACGAGCGAGGAUCCAGAGGAGGUGGCUUCACUGCUGCUGAAGGAGACAGACGGACAGGAGGUUUGGAAGGAGAGUAAAUUAUUAAGGAUGAAGGAGAAUUUCGACACUGACACACACAGAAGGAUACGUUCUUGCCAACUGUCCACCGUUUCUGUGAACCAAGUAGACAUGCAGUGAAAAAGAGGGUGUAAAAAUGUCAUCGGUGCAUCGUGUAGUUAUAGUUGUACCACAGGGAUUUACCUCAUUUAUUUUUUAAAAGGAAACAUUCAUUUACAAUUAUGUAAAAUGAUGAGGAGGGAAAAAAGAUGAGUCAAAAAAAUAAACACUGGGAUCGUGAUCCUUACUGGAAAAAAAAUCAUAGUUAUUUUCUUAAGUCUUGAUUUGAACUGAUGCAGCUGGGAAAAAUCAGAGUCCAAACAACACGCUGCAGAUUUGAUGACUGAACUGGUUCCCAUUCAUUGUCCACUGCAGUGCAGUUCUUUUCGGAUUUAUUUUUAUUUUUCACUGCAGAAUUGUCCAAAGCCACUGUAAAAGCUGUUCUUGGUUAGUAAUAACACAUUUCUUCACUCAGUUUAGAUGCUCUCUUUUUUCCAUUUUCUUACACGUAAAAUUGAACUUGAAGGGAAGGAAACACACACGUUACACUUUGUCUAUAAAAACAACAAGUUUGUAUAAACAUAAAUGAAACCGCGUCAUAGAUAUUUAACUUCAGAUAUACGCAGUAGAUGACUAUAGUUUGGGUAUUUUUUGUAGAUGUUUUGUUAGUACUGUGGGUGUUUGCCUCCGGUAAGUCAAAUGUGGACAGAAAAUUGCAGAUGAAUCAGAUCAGCGACAAUCACACUGACGCAGUGCUGUGUCGAACUUUUCUUAGUUGGUCACGUGUAGAAACUGUAUCGUUUAAUUCACUCAAGUCAAAAUGUGAAUUUAUUAUUUCAAUCCUUUUUACACUUUUUAGUUCUCUGUAAAAUUCCAACUUGUGUGAUGUUUGGUGGAGAGUCUAGUCAAGCUAACUAUACCUUGAGAAGGAGAAAUGGAGCUUGUGAUGAGGUGCAGAGCGAGAACAAGUUUUUGUAACCAUAUUAGAGGAGCAGAGGAAGAUAAGAGUGAUGACAGAUUGACGAAUCAGCCAAAACUUUAAUCUUCUAUUUGGUAAAAGCCAUAAAUGCUGCCCUGUUACACUGAAGCUGCUCAGGCCACUGUUGAGUCUUAUUUAAACUGUCAGUUUUAUGUGAAGGUGAAUCUUAAAGCUACCGUCUUAAAGUUUUGAUUUGGGACUGAUCCAGCACAUUCAUGGUCCUGUCCCAAAUCAACUUUAGAAAAAGAAAAAAACUACACUUUUACGACUCCAUCAUUUAUGCAACACUGGAUGUAUUUACCUUGCUUUAAUUAAAUAUAAAACUUAAGACUUUACUUUUUUUAUUUAAUUGUUUUAAUAACAUCAUUUCUCAUUAGUUUUCAGGGUUGUUUUUUUGUUUGUUUUUUACAUUUUUGAAUCAAUCAACGAUGUACAAAUGAAACAAGGCAAGGGAUAUAAAAAAAAAGCUUCUCUUGAGAAUGCCUGCCUCUAGUUUCUAAAUAAAUAAUAUGGUUCCAAUAAGGGAUUAAAGUUGUGCAACAAAAUAUGAUUUAUAUUAGAAAAUGCAAGAAUCUUGAUUAGACCCGUGUGUUUCUCUCCUGUUGACGUCCUGGCUGACAGUGAAUCAGACAUUGAUGACUCUAAAUCAUAAAGUUGUUUCUUGGG